AUGAUUGACCCAAUUGAUAAAAUUAUUGAAGAAACAUUUGUUUAUAAAAUUGAUAUGCUUCAUAAUCUUUCUUUAUCAUCGAAUGCUUCAAUGAUUCGUUACGCUUUAGCAUAUAAAGACUUUAAUCCUAAUGAAAAAUAUCCUGAGGAAGAGAUAGAAUCAAGUUUUGAAUUAACGAAAAAGUAUUGGAAAUAUAAAAUUGAAUCAUAUAAGAAACAAGAUGAAAAAGCAGAAAGGGAUACUAAAAAUAAUGUUUCAAUGGAUGAUUUUCAAUACUAUCACGAUUUAAUCCUUUCAUCUAAAUGCAAAAUGUGUGGUAAAGCGUUUACAUAUGCAAAUAAACCAACAUUGGAUAGAAUCGAUAAUGAAAAACCACAUACCAAAGAAAAUUGUCAGUUAAUGUGUUGUUAUUGCAAUGUCGUAAAAUCAAAUAAAGAUGAAGAUGUUCAACGUUUAAGAAUCAAUUUAAGAAAUUACGCAUUAAAAAAUAAUUUACCAAUGACUUUAGAUUCAGUUGAAGCUUAUCACAUUCUCCGUAAUGUAAUUACUGGUGGUUUAUCAAAUGUUCAACAUCGUGUUAAUCUUAAAGGAAUCACACACAUUAAUAAACUUUCAUAUAAUCCAGAAACUAAAACUGUAUCAAAUGAGGACACUUCCAACAUUAUGACUCAUUUCGUUGGAGUUGACUUUAAUUCAUUAUAUCCUUCAUCAUUUUCAUCUAAUCCUCAUGAUUUCAUUCAAUAUACUGACCAUAAAAUGUAUAUGCCGGGAAGAUUGAAUGGUGUUAUCAUUUGUGAUACAGCAACAAAGAAAGCAAAAGCACUGGGAAUAAUUAAGAAGAAAAAUACUUUAUUCGUGGCUGAAGUAAAGGGUCACAUUGAUGAAAAAUACAUUAAUGAUUACAUAAACUUUUUACCGAUAAUAAGAAACUUUGAUAUUAUCACAGAUGAAAAAACAAUUGGCAGUUUCAUGUAUAAUUACAUGAAAUCAAACAAUCUACCAGUUGACCAGAAACAGAGAAAAUUAACUCAGUUAGCAUCAACACACAACCAAUAUCAACCAUUUUCUUCUUAUUAUCUAUG